AUGAGGUGGUCUCUAGUAUUCAGUCUCUUUGUGGGCCUGGCUUAUGCUGCCGAUAAAACCACCGAUCAAACAACAACUUCUUCUGCGGAUUCUACAGAUUCUACAGAUUCCUCCCUGGCUCUUACGGGCGGUACAACCAUCACCAACCCAAGUGCUGUGGCCGUGCCUACCGGUGAAUAUGAAUCAUAUACAUCUACAAUCACUCUAGAUGAUGGGAAAACUACCUCGACCUUCGUCCUCAACGCGACAAUCACUGGGAAUUCCACUGCCACCCCCACGGGCAACCAAACAACAGUCACAACAACCCACUCAAACUCGCUGACCGUGCUGGUCGGCGCAUCUCCUACAAACGGGACUAAUUCCACUGCGACUUCUUCCACAUCAACGGCUGCAUUGGCGACCAACACCCAGGUCUGCAACAGUUAUGUCGAGUACUGCCAGCGUAGUUACUCCAAUAUCACCAUGAUUGCCGCGCACAACAGCCCCUUCGUGCGCCAGGGUAAUGCUGCGGCGAAUCAGGAAUAUUCCGUGACAGAUCAGCUAAAUGAUGGAAUUCGCAUGCUUCAAUUCCAAGUCCACAACCAGAAUGGUACCAUGUAUCUGUGCCAUACCUCAUGCGAGCUUCUCAAUGUCGGUACCUUGCAGGCCUACCUUACCACUGUAUUCGCCUGGAUGCUCAAGAAUCCGUUCGAUGUGGUCACUUUCCUCAUAGGAAACUACGAUUACGUAGACCCUGGUAAUUUCACCGCGCCCAUCCAAAAUUCAGGCCUCAUGGAUUUGAUAUACACUCCAAGCAAGAUUCCCAUGGUCCUGGAAGAUUGGCCGACCUUGUCAGAGAUGAUCUUGAAGCGCCAGCGAGCUGUUUUCUUCAUGGACUACCAGGCCAACCAGACUGCCUACCCCUGGCUCAUGGACGAGUUUUCUCAGAUGUGGGAAACACCCUUCUCCCCGACAGACCGUGAUUUCCCUUGCACGGAGCAACGGCCCCCGAACUUGUCUGUAAAGGAUGCGAAGAAUCGCAUGUAUAUGGCCAAUCACAACUUGAACCUGGAGCUGAACCUGGGGUCAAUCAGUCUGAUGAUCCCUAACACGGCUGUCAUGAAUGUGUCCAAUGCUGUGAGUGGCUAUGGCAGCCUGGGUCUGAUGGCAGAGAACUGUACCGCAACAUGGGACCGCCCACCCAACUUCCUACUUGUCGACUUCUAUAACUAUGGCAACUUCAACGGCUCCGUCUUCGAAGUCGCUGCCAACAUGAAUAAUGUCACCUUCAACAACCAGACCUGCUGCGGUGUCGCCUCGGCUGCCAUGCACAGCUUGACCGUCACCAGUCUCUCCACUCUCUUCAUAUUCGCAGCUGGCGUACAGGUCUUGUCGUCAUUUAUUUAA